AUGUGGGCCAAUUUGUUCCGACCCAUCCCCAUAGACCGGCUGAUCCUGCCGGAAUGGGUAAAGACGAACGGCGACCUGCUGGAGUUUAUCAAUCUUGUCAUCCGACCUCGACCGAACAAGGCUCUGCUGAGCUACAUGAUGAUCGACAUCGUUCAGAGCAUCGGUACAGCUGUAUUCUGUGCCUACGUCAUGCUCAAGAAAGGCCGUGCGCGCGACACCCGCCUCGUCACUUUUCGCAAGAGUCCGUAUGGAACUUUCAUCGUCCCCAACGCAGUCUGGUCGAUGAUGAUCAUGAUCACCAUCUAUCUGCUCGGAUGGGCUGGAUUCUCCACCUACAUUUUCUACAUUUCGGUGGUCGACUUGCCUAUGCUUGAUUGGCUCUUCUACAUACCUGUCCCUUGGUGGCCACUGGCUGUGGGUGCUUUCUGGGCAACCUACGGCUUUGUGCUGACUUGCAGUCCUCGCUCGCCGAUCAGCAACCUUGCCGGCAAGACGCGCAAAGGCUUUCUCACGUCGAGAACCAGCUGGAUGCAUCUUCCUCUGCCGCAAUCGGCGUGGAUCAUGAAUUCCUUCGUCGUCGGCGUCACCUUAUUCAUGUUCGUCUGGAAUUUGUACACCGUGACCAUGGGCGGCAGACGGAGGCAUUUGUCGCAUCUGCGAAAAAGAGAUCUGUACACGGAGCUCAUCUCGGGGCAUCACACGCAAGAAUGGCUUGACCUGCCCGCACCCGCAGAGGCGGUGCAGGAGGUGAGAAUGGCAUGGGACGAUCUCACUGACGUCUACGGCUGGACUUGUGCGGGUCUCGCUUCGUUCGCAGCACUUGUCACCUUGAUGAUCUCUCUACUCCUCCUGUACGCGAUCCCCAACCACAUCUCGCUGCUCGACCACCUCGUCAGCAUUUGGCCGGAUCAAGAUGGCAACGAACGCCAAAGACGCACGACAUUGGGCAACAUCUGCUUCCUGUGGAAGAUCGGACGACCGAGCAAGCUGGUAGGAAAGCAAUACGCAGCCUUCAAAAAGACAUGGAUGGUGACGAUGAUCGGACAUUCGCAAGUCUUCCUCAUCCUCGCCGGAGUUUCGACUUUCACCCUGCCACCGUUCUACAUGUGCUUCGCGCCUUGGGCCGACCUCCUCGGCGGUAUCACUGCGGAACACCAUGUCGAGUUCCUCGUGGCCUAUGUUAUCUCGGCAGCUUUCCUCACGGCGGUGUGGGUGACUGGGUUGUCGGCGUUGCUGACGCUCGACGAUGCUUUCCGCGCUGUCAUGGGUGUAGACGGUGCCUCGUCCCAGGAAAGUGGGCCCAUCAAGCUCUCGGGACGGCCAUCGACCUCGCUCGGAAUGAACGUUAUCGAGAGCGGAAAGCAAGCGUCGAAUCUUGUGCUGCUGCGGCCGAUGCAAGGCGAUACGCCGUCGUUGUCGAACGAAUCGUUCUUGCGCGAUGAAAAGUCGGACAUCUUUGUCGAAGCACCAGCGAAGCUCGUCGAAGGCAAGAACAAGGUGCUCGUCGAAACAACGACAACGGUGCAGAUCGAGCACCGCGACGCCGAGGUUCGCACUUGUCCAGCCGACAACUACGAGGACUUGCCCGCGCUUUCGGUCGCCUCGCCGUCGGCAGCGCCACCUUAUAGCUUCCUCGGCAGGAAACGGAUCGGACCGGAAUGUUGA